AUGGCCUCUGGAUUUCCUAAAUUACCUGGUUUUGUACCUACUUAACCCAUAGAAUAAACUAGCUUCAAGAGAGUUAGUGCAGCUAAACAAGAAUAUAAUAGAGAUUAUUUACAUAAAAAUGUUCCUCCAGUUGUCUAUCCUCUUCCUAGAUAAGUUCCUAAGGAACCCCCUUCAUAAAAGGGAAUGUUCAAUCCCAACUACAUGUCUACUACUCAUGAUACUUACAGACCAGUAAACUGCCCUAAUGAUGUUACUGAACUUUACUAACCAACUUGGGUAAAGAUGGACAGAUAGGUACUUAGAUUCAAUGCUUACUUUAAAGAAAGUUGUGUUGAAAGCAGUCUUGAAGCAUAUAGAGUAAGAAAAGUCGUUCUUUUCUUCUAUUUAGAAGAUAGCUCUAUUGAAAUUUCUGAACCCAAGCAAAUGAAUUCAGGUAUUCCAUAGGGUUCUUUCUUAAAGCGUUAAAAAGUAUUGAAGGCUGAUGGAAGCGGUGUUUAUUUAAGUCUAUACGACUUUUAGAUUGGUUAAGAUCUUGAAUUUUUCGGCAAAAUUUUCCAUAUUUAUGACUGUGAUAUUUAUACAAGAGAGUUUUACGAAAAUUUGGGUAUUCCCUAAGGUGCUUCUGAACUCCCUGAUAGUGAUAACUGGGAAAAAAAAACUUUGAAUAAAUUUGUACCUGUUAAAGAUCACAUGCUUAAAGACUUUAUGGAGCACAAACUUGGUGGUGGUCGUGUUCCUUCAUAAAAGUAAUUUUUGGAAAACGAUAGAAAGGUUUUAAAGUUCUUUGUCUUCUCAGAAAUUCCUUUCUUUUUACAUUAUUACUUGGCUGAUGACACUUUAGAAAUCCGUGAAAUUCAUCGUUAAAACAGUGGUAGAGAUCCUUUCCCUCUAUAUCUUAAGAGACAAAAACUUCCCAAGUAGUUUGCUUUGAACCAACCUGGUUAAACAUACGCUGAAAACUUUGUUAAGCCAACUGAUAUUAAGUUUGGUGAAGAUUUAGUUGCUUUUGGAAAGAAAUUCAGAAUUAAUGGUUGUGAUAAAUACACCCAAGAUUAUUAUAGAGAAAAGUAUAACAUUGACUUCCCUCUUGGAGAAGAUUACGAGAUGUAAUAUAGAGACAUAGUUAAAAGAGAAAUUCCUCCUUACAAUGGAUUUGGUGAUGAAGAAGAUUCAUUAGGAUAUGUUUAUAGAUUAAUUCCUAAGCCUCCUAGAAAGGACUUCUUCAAGUGGGUUGAUAACCAAGUCACUUUAAGAUUCAAUGCUAAGUUUAAUACUAAUAAGCCUGAAGAUAUUCAUAGACGCUUCAUUAUUACUUACUACUUGAACGAUGACUCUCUCUAAGUUUAUGAACCUGCUAUCAGAAACUCAGGUAUUCCUGAUGGUAAAUUCUUAGAAAAGAACAGAUACAAAAAUGUUUAAACUAAUAACGAAUACUUCUAACCAACCGACUUAGUUGUUGGAAAAGAUGUCAUUAUAAAUGGCUACUCCUUCCGUAUUUUAGAGUGUGAUGAAUACACUUUAAAGUGGUUCGCCAAUAAUAUUGUUUAAUGA